CAGUCACACAGUGAGUUCCGCCGCAGGUUCGUUCCGCCGCAGGUUCGUUCCGAGUGUUUAUGUGACAGAACCGUGACCGAACCGAGUCAUGAGCGCUGAUAACUCCAGUCCAGAUGUUUUGGUACCGCUACGGAAUCUGUUUAACUGUGUGAAAUCCACCAGAGAUCGUGUGAGAGAUGGAGAAUCAAACGAAUGCAGCGGCACGUUCAGCUUGUCAAACUUCUGGGAGACUUUGGAUCAAGCUGUCAAGACAACAUCUCAAGAAGCGACAAAACUCAGUUUAAUGUUCUCGAGACCUCCAGUGCCCUCAGAGCAGGAAUGUACAAAACUGGCAGACUCUUUUCGGAAGAGCAUGCUGGCGUUGUCCACAGUUUACUUCUGGUUACCGAAGAGCCAAGGAAUUACAUUGCGGAGGGCAGUUAGAGAUGCGACCGCAGAGGUUUUCGAGGGUCUGGUUCAGCUGCUGGAUGUUAUUCUCUCUUCUCCUUUACAAAGUUUGUCUCAGGAUCAGCUGACCUCCACUGGAGGAGUGUGGGCUGCCUGUGACCAGUUUAAUCAGCUCCCGAAAGAUAACCGCGCCGCUGUGUUGGCGGUCUUGACGUCAAAUGUUGGUUUGGUAAAAGAUGCCCUGGAAGAGAUGGAGCAGGCUCUGGCUGAGAGUCAGGACCCGUUUGGAGACAUCUUAGACGAUGAUGACAUGGACGUCCGCGGUAACCAGGACACAUACUGGUCGCAGUCAGACCGCGAGCUCAUCCGUCAGUGUCAGGGUCUUAUGAAAGCAUCCGGUGCAUGUCUGCGCAAACUCUCCUCUGCGGUCCGAAACAACGGACGAGUGGAGACGGAGGAGAAUAUUGCGCAGUUAGACGAUCUCGCCGAUGUAGCCAAAGACGUCAGUCCCAGCAUCGAUGACCUCACUCUCUCUCUAUACCCACCUGUGGACAGCUCAGCGGUGGACGAGAAUGUUUGUAAACUGGCAUUUGUGCUGAAGAAGGUGCUGGAGAUCAGUAGGACGAGUCAUGUUUGUCUGGAGCCUGAUGUUUCAUGGGUGGAGUUUCUGGACGGGGCUGUCAAUCACAACCUGGAGAAAGUACAAUCACUGCUGCUUGACUCGAACUCAUAGCGUCCUGAAGACUGACUUUUGUGACGGUGUGUGAACGCUCCAUCGAUGUGAAAAAGGACAUUUUGAUUAAUUUAAUAUCUGAGAUGCUCUUCUGUUGAAUCUUCAGAGAGGUUACCUGACAAAGGAAAAUCCUUUCCUUUAAAAAUAUCAUGUUAUGAUUUAUGUCCAAUGACAUUCACAAUAUUAUUUGUUUGCCCUCUAAAGCAAUUCAGUAUAUUUUGGAUAUAUAUAAUGUUUUUCAUGUUACGUAAUUUAUAUAAACUAUUAAAACACCUCCACCUGU